CUCAUCCAACAGCGUCUCUCACAGUGAGUCCUGACAGAGAGCAACACUUCACUGAUGAGAAAAUCCAACUGAACUGUUCAGGAAGCUCUGCUGACUGGAGAGUUAAGAGGUUUAUAGAAUCGUACAACCAGUCAGAUUUAUCAGACUGCUCCAGCUGGGGAACAAUGACUGGAUCCUCAUGUACCUUCAGCAGUCUUGGGUAUCACGAUGCAGUGCACUGGUGUGAGUCUGGAUCAGGAGAGUUCAGCAAUGCAGUCAACAUCACUUUAAACACUCCAGAUUCACUCCUCACUGUGUCUCCAUCAUGGCUGAAUCCUGGAGCCUCAGUGACUCUGAGCUGUGAGGUUAAACCUUCAUCUGCAGGAUGGAGGUUCUACUGGUAUAAAGCUGUUCCUGAUUUAUCAAAGAACAACUACAGAUAUGAGCUGCUGCCUGAGAGCAUCGAUGGGACUGAACAGGACUCCAUUAUCAUUCCUGGACAGAAACACACAGCAGGAUAUUCAUGUAUAGCUGGAUGGGGAAAUUCUGACUUUUUCGCUAAAUACAGUGAACCCAAGUUUAUCUGGUCUGCAGAACCUCAUCCAGCAGCGUCUCUCUCAGUGAGUCCUGACAGAGAGCAACACUUCACCUCUGAGUCUGUGACACUGAACUGUGGAGGAAACUCUACUGAGUGGAGAGUGAAGGAGUUUAGAGAAUCAGGUUUCUCAUCAUGUCCAUGCACCACCUGGGGGUCAAUGACUGGAUCCUCAUGCACCUUCAACAGAACAUGGUCCCAUAAAUCAGUUUUCUGGUGUGAGUCUGGAUCAGGAGAGUUCAGCAAUGCAGUCAACAUCACUUAUCAAAGUACGUUAUUAUACGUGGUUCAUCAUUCACUUUAUAAUGUCAUUCAAAUCCAGGAACCAGUAACUGAGUUUGAGUUAUUAUUCAAGACUAAAUAUUUUCUUCUUCUGUGGUUUGUGUAUUAAUUUAAAAUUAGAUUUUCUGAAAAGCUCUUUUCUCAUUUAUGUUAAACUUACGUGGCUGUAGA